ACUUGUGACAUCUCAUUGGCACAUAGAAAAAAAUAUUAACAGAUAAACAAGUUGUUCUUCACGACUAAUAUGUAAGCUGGUUUGAAUACUGUUGUGGCUAAUGCUCGUUGCUGACCUUAUCACACAAGACACAAGUAGGGACCUGAGUCUGCAAGUGCGCCGAAGUUUAAAGAGUAGUUCCGCACUGUUUGCAACCCCGCCCACCUUCGUAUAGCCUACACCGACGGUGUGAAGUGCAACUUCUGGAUACUGGAUCUGGGUCUUGAUACUUCUGCCCUUUAAGAAAUAUUCUUGCAUGUGCAAAAAUCUUCUUCUGUGUCGAUUCGGCCGUGUCCACUGCGUCUGCGGGAGAGUGCUUUGUGUUGAGCGCCAUUAACGCAAGCUUUGGGGCUCACCUGUGUCUUGGUCAGGCGACGCAAACGUGUGAGGCUGAGAUGGACAGCGAGGGGAGGAAAGUGGUGGUGUGUGACAACGGGACCGGGUUUGUGAAAUGUGGCUUCGCCGGCUCCAACUUCCCGGAGCACAUCUUCCCCGCCAUGGUGGGCCGGCCCAUCAUCCGCUCCUCCACCAAAGUGGGCAACAUCGAGGUCAAGGACCUGAUGGUGGGCGAUGAGGCGAGUGAGCUGCGCUCGAUGCUGGAGGUGUCCUACCCCAUGGAGAACGGGAUGGUGCGCUCCUGGGACGACAUGCUCCACCUGUGGGAUCACACCUUCGGUCCCGACCGGCUCGACGUCAGCCCGCCCGACUGCAAGAUUCUUCUGACGGAGCCACCCAUGAACCCCCUGAAGAACCGCCAGAAGAUCACGGAGGUCAUGUUCGAGACGUACCAGUUCCACGGCAUCUACGUGGCCAUCCAGGCCGUGCUCACUCUCUACGCGCAAGGUCUGUUGACGGGGGUGGUGGUGGACUCUGGAGACGGAGUCACACACAUCUGCCCCGUGUACGAGGGCUUCUCACUGCCUCACCUCACACGCAGGCUGGACAUCGCUGGACGGGACAUCACACGGUACCUCAUUAAGCUGCUCCUGCUGAGGGGCUAUGCCUUCAACCACUCUGCGGACUUUGAGACGGUGCGCAUGAUGAAGGAGAAGCUGUGCUACGUGGGCUACAACAUCGAGCAGGAGCAGAGGCUCGCCAACGAGACCACCAUCCUGGUGGAGUCUUACUCGCUCCCUGAUGGGCGCCCCGUGAUGGUGGGUGGUGAGCGUUUCGGAGCUCCAGAGGCUCUCUUCCAGCCGCACCUCAUCAACGUGGAGGGAGUGGGCGUGGCCGAGCUGCUCUUCAACACCAUCCAGGCCGCCGACAUCGACAUCAGGUCAGACUUCUACAAGCACAUUGUGCUGUCGGGGGGGAGCACCAUGUAUCCCGGCCUGCCAUCUCGUGUGGAGCGGGAGAUUAAACAGCUUUAUCUGGAGAGGGUCCUCAAGGGAGACACAAAGGCCUUAUCUAGGUUUAAGAUCCGCAUCGAGGACCCCCCGCGGCGCAAGCACAUGGUGUUCAUGGGCGGGGCCGUGCUGGCCAACAUCAUGAAGGACAAGGAGUCCUUCUGGCUGAGCCGGGCAGACUACCUGGAGAAGGGCCUCGGCGUGCUGGACAAGCUGGGGGGGAAGACACACUAGAGGGGGAAGGAUGGAUAGAUACAUGCUGGGGU